CAGUCCUGGCCGGAACGCAUCGCAACUUGUUCGAUGUUGUUGACAAGGGCGAUCAUAGUAGAAAGCGAAGGCUUUUAUCUGCUGCCUUUGCGACAAGGAACCUUGAGAAAUGGGAGUUCAAAGUGCAGUAUACCACUCAACGUCUGCUCGAUGCUUUUGAUCAACGAUGCACGGGACCUCUCAAGCCAAACACUAAUCCCGACCCUGAAGAUCUCACAAUUGACUUCAAUCACUGGAUCAAUCUUUGGACCAUCGAAGCAAUCAACUACAUCGCUCUCUCAUCAAAGAUGACUCUUCUCGAGACCGGUACCGAUGAAGUCAUUGCUGAAAAGCCCGACGGAACACUCUAUCCCGCACGAUACCGCCAAGCCCAGAACGCCGCAGCCAUGGUCAAGUCAGUAUUCGUCUGGGAGUAUGAACUCUACCCAUGGCUAGCCCGUAUCUCGAAAGUUGUCCCCAACAAGUGGAAGAGCUACUGGGCCACCAGUGCACCAUGGGGCGACAUUUGCUACCACCAAGCUAAAGAAAGAUUGAGGAGAUAUGAAGCUGGGGAGAAACUCGAUGACUUCUUCUCAUGUCUUAUGGUUAAUAAGAACGGCGUUCCUAAUGAACUUGAGUGGGGAGAGAUUGUUGCUGAAACCUCUGCUAUCAUUGAUGGCGGAGCCGAGACUACAGCUAUUGCCCUGACGCAUAUUCUUCAACUUUUGAUCAGCCAUCCCAAGCAGAUGCAGAAGUUGAGGGAGGAAGUUGCUGCUGUUAUGGAUGAAGACGAUAUCAUCGCGCCAUUCGACAAAGUCAAAGACCUCCCAUAUCUCAAAGCCUGUCUUGAUGAAGGCCUUCGCCUCAUUCCUCCCGUCAGCUCAGGUCUUCCACGACGUACACCACCUGAAGGCGCAAAAAUCAUGGACACAUGGAUCCCAGGCGAUACGUCGGUGUCAAUGACUAUCUGGAGUGCUCAUCACAACGAGGAUAUUUAUCCUGAGCCAUAUGUCUUCAAGCCAGAACGGUGGCUUAAUCUGGAAGAACGUAAGAGAAUGGAACCAUUCUUCAUCCCAUUUUCAGCGGGCGCGAGAGGGUGUAUCGGACGAAACAUCUCGUAUUUGGAGCAGCAGAUUGUAUUGGCUACUUUGGUGCAUCGUUAUGACUUUGCUAUGCCGACUAAGGAUUUUAAGGUUGAGAGGUUUGAGGCUUUCAACCUGAUCAUGGGAAAGCUGCCUAUCAAGAUUUGGCGACGAUAGGUCUUUUUAAAG